AUGGUCGAGGGACAGAGCAAAGAUUUGAUUGCGGAGAAAAAGGCCGAGUCGGGUGAGAAGUCGGAGCUCCAUUUGACCGUCGAAAAGUACAUCGGCGAGCGAUUCGAGGUGUACAUGACCGACGGACGGAUUGUGCGCGGAACACUGCUCGCGACCGACAAGGACGCGAACAUGAUCUUCAAUAAGGUAUCCAAUAGUCAAAAACCAUAUUUUUCGAAAAUUUUUUAAAAAGGUCUUGAAAAAUCUGGUCAUUUUCAGGCGGACGAGCGUUGGUCGCAGAAUUCGGAGAAGCAGCCGCGUUACCUCGGACAGGCGAUGAUUUCGAAGAAGUACGUGUCGGCGAUGUACGAGUUGCCGUCGCCGAAGGAAACCGAAAUCUGA